CAACUGAUAUUUACGCUUGCAGAAUGACUAGCAGGAGGUCUUUUUAAGUUAAUUAUUGAGGUUCAUUGACUUGGGUCUUUCUCACUGCAUGCAGGACCAGUGUAAUUCAGUUAUGACAGCAUACAAAUUAGUGACAGUAGAUGCUCUGUACUGGGGCUUUGGCAGCAAACUUGAAAAUGCUCUGCUUGCGGGUGAAAGAGCACUUUUCCUUGAAAGUCAUCGGAAUUGUUUUGCUUGGAUUGAUGAAUGGUUUGGACUGUCAAUGGAAGUGAUGCGUAAGCUGGAAUAUCAAAGUGAUUCCUCACUGAACCAGCUAAUAAUGGGACCAAGAUGGAAAGGAAAGGGGGCAGAAGAUAAAGCACUAGCAGAUCCCAUGUCAAAAAUAGUAUCCCAGCUUCGAUUAUCCUUAAUUGAGUCUGAUUCCCAAGGAUUGCUCUCGGGUUGUAUUGUACUUCUUGAAGCAAAUGCAGAACAAACUGAACUUCUAAAUCGCGCUUGCUUUGGUCGCCCCAUCGUCAAUGCUGAUAAGGAUAAGCAGUGGUUUCAACUAAGUAUGGAGGAAGCUUUUUACUUGUGCUUUGCACUGAAGUGUGUCAAGAUUGUAUGUAAUGAUAAGUGGUUAAAGAAUGAUGAAGAGUUUUGGAGUUACGUGACACCUAAGAGAGCUAAUUUUCCGAAUUUGUGCAUAGCUUAUUCUCAUCUUCGAAUGAAGAACUGGGUGGUGAGAUCCGGGUCACAAUUCGGUGUAGACUUUGUUGCCUACCGUCAUCAUCCUUCUUUGGUUCACUCUGAAUAUGCUGUUCUUGUUUUAUCCGGGGAAGAUGAGAAUACAAAUGGUCGGUUGAGGGUUUGGUCAGAUUUCCAGUGCACGCUUCGACUUUGUGGCAGCGUUGCAAAGUCAUUGCUGGUUCUAUACAUUGACAAAAAUGGCAAUGGUGCUGUGUUUCCUUCAUGUUUAGAGAAUUACAGUGUCAAAGAGAGAAUGAUCACCAGAUGGAAUCCAGAGCAAAGCAGGGAAAAUGGAACCAAGUAAGAGAUAUUCUUUGCCCAUCGGCCAUCUAUUACUAUUAGAAUUGAUGUGGACAGGAUAAAAAUUUCUCACUGCUAAUAUGGCAUCGAGAACCUUAAGUAUGGUUCUCUUGUCACAUCAGCAGUGAAAUAUUUUUAUCUGGACAGGAGAUCAGGUAUGCUCUUACUAUUGCCAGUAUUGAUACUUGAGUUGGAUGAUCUUGCAAAAUCAUUUGAUUUGUACCAUGAUCACCAGUACUUUUUUCAUGUCAGAGUUUGAUACAUGGUACAUAUGAUCAGUGGAAGUUUAUUAUCAUUUUCUUAUAUUUUUUAAGAUGAGGUUUAUGACUGUAGCCUAUCAUAUUGAAUUAUGUUAAAUAAUUCUUAUUAUUGUUAGCAUUUAA